AUGACUCAGCAGGGAGCUGCUCUGCAGGGUUACAAUAACGAGCUGGUGAAAUGCAUUGAAGACUUAUGCAUGCAAAAAGAAGAGCUGAACAAACAAAUUCAGCAAGCGGAAGAGGAAAAAAAUAAACUCCAGCAUCAAAUCCAAGUCCUGAGUGAGAAGCUGGAGUGUGUAUGUGAAAACCUGGCCCAAAAGGUAGCUUCACGGAAUGAGCUUGAUAAAAUUCUUGCUGAAACUGAAGCUGCUUACAUGAAGAUUUUGGAUAGUUCUAGAACUUUGCUUAAUGUCUUGAAGAAGGAAGUGGGAAGCUUAAAGAGUACGCCAGAACUGAAAAGCCAUGUAACCUGA